AUGAAGGAAUACCUAGACAUAGUUAUGUGCAGUCUUGGUCCUCUCGGGGAAGAGUGUAAUAGGGGGCUUGGUACGGAGUCUUUGGCCUGGACACACCCUACGGAUAUAGAGAAGAGAAGAGAAGAGAAGAAGAAGAAGAAGCCCCGGGUGAAGGGAACUUUCUAUCUCAAAAAGAUGAAGAGAUGA